AUGUGUUCGCUGCCACGAGAUGUCGAAUUUCUGGCGAACCAAGGAGAUGCAAAGCUGCUUAUCCAGACCGACCAUCUCCAUGCCACAUGUGUGUGCCAUGUCCACGUCCACGUCCAGUGCCAGUGCCAGUGCCAGGCCGCCAUAAUCUCGGCCAGCAUCGCCGUUGAUUCCAAAGAUUUGGCCGCUCAAGAGAUGGGCAGCGAGGAGAAGGAGCAGCAGCAGCUGGAGGAUCAGCUGGAUGAUGACUCCGGGGAUCUCCAGGAGACCAAUAAUAACAAUAAUAACAACAAUAAUAAUAAUAAUAACGAAGAUGAAGACGACGAUGGCCAGGAUGACGCUGUGUUCGAGCAGCCAGAAGAGACUAAUACCGCGCCCGAUCAGGAUUUAGGCGAAACGGAUCCGAGGCAGGAGGAGCUUGAGGAUGAACUGCCCUUGAACAGUCCCAGCACUCCGCCCAGGAGCAGCCCCUCCUCGCCGCAACUGAUACCCAAGCUGGAGCAGCCUUCCACGCCGCCAUCCGAGGCCGAACCCUCGCCCUGCCCCUCGCCUUGCCACACGCCCACCAGUGCGCCCAAGUUGCCCAAGUUGCGUCUGAACGCGCUCCUGGCCUCCGAUCCCGCCCUCAAGCCCGAUGCCAAGGAGCUGACACUCCCAGAGCCCCGUCUGCUGGCACCUCCGCCGCUGUCCAUUAAGCCGGAGGCGCCGCCAUCGCAAGCCGAGGGCCUAGGAGCGGAGCCGCUGAUGAAGCCAGCCCGAUUCAUGUGCCUGCCCUGCGGCAUCGCCUUCAGCUCGCCCUCCACGCUGGAGGCCCACCAAGCGUACUACUGCUCUCAUAGGAAUAAGGAUGCGGACGAGGAUCAGGGGGGCAUUGACAAGUCGGUGACUGGUGGAGGAGGAGGUGCUGCCGGAGGAGGAGGAGGGGCCACCGGAUCGGGAGGAGGAGGAGGAUCCUCGUCGGAACCACCGGCCAAAAUGGCCAGGACGGGCAAGCAGUACGCCUGCUCCCAAUGCUCCUACAGUGCGGACAAGAAGGUAUCCCUCAACCGGCACAUGCGGAUGCACCAGACCUCCCCGGCAACGCCCACCCUGGUCAGCAUGCCCAAUCUCAUCCCGAAUGGCAUUCCACCGCCACCGGGCGUCGUCGUCGCCCCGAAUCCGCUGGAGCAGGAGGCCUCUAGUCAACAGACGGAUCGCUACUGCAGCCACUGUGAUAUCCGCUUCAACAACAUCAAGACGUACCGGGCGCAUAAGCAGCACUACUGCAGCUCCCGGCGACCGGAUGGCCAGCACCCCAAGCCGGACACAUCUCCUGGCGGUGGUGGCGUCGUCGGACCAGGUCCAGCGUCCUCCUCCUCGGUCGCGGGUGGAGUCCCUGCUCCACUCUCGGCGGCUCCCGGCAAACUGAGUCCACAGGCCAGCAGGAACAACAAGACGCCAACGCCCGCCAUGGUCGCCUUGGGGCAUGCCGCAGCGGCUGCGGCGGCGGCAGCAGCAGCUGCUGCCUCCCUCCAGGCGCCACCGCACCCGCCGCCGCCCUUCCUGGCACUGCCCACCCAUCCGAUCAUCAUUGUUCCCUGCUCGCUGAUACGGGCGGCCAGCUUCAUUCCGGGACCACUGCCCACUCCCAACUCGGGAAUUGUGAAUCCGGAGAACACAUGCUUCACCGUGGACAAUGGUACGAUCAAACCACUGGCCACCGCCCUGAUGGGUACCACCCUGGAGCCGGAACGACCCUCGGCACCGUCAUCGGCAGCCGAAGUGCCAGAACCCAAGAGCAGUCCACCCGAACCCAAGCGCAAGGAGGCGGGCGGAAGUCGAGAGUCCGCGCCCUUGGAUCUCUCGCUGCGGCGUUCGCCGAUCUCUCUGAACUCGCUGAGCCUGCGGCAGCGACACCUGCGCUCAGCUCUCCUGGAUGUGGAGGAGGCACUCCUGGGCAGCGUGGGCAAAGAGAUUGUGGAGGCCUCAGCCGGCGGAAGCGUGACUCCCGAGCAGAUAGUGUGCGCUCCCUCGUUGCCCAGCAGCCCAUCGAUGAGUCCCUCGCCCAAGCGGCGGACCAUCAGUCCCAGGAGCUCCGGAGCCGGCAGCAAUGCCUCCAUGUCGCCACCUGGACUAGGUGUGGUGCCCAGCCUGCUGGACAUGCGCUCUAUGCUGCCAGCGGACUUUGGUUUGUCCGAAUCGCUGCUGGCCAAGACCAAUCCGGAGCUGGCACUCAAGCUGGCCGCGGCGGCAGCUGCAGCGGCAGCAGUGGCCGGAGGAGGUCCUUCCCAGGCGCAGGCUAGUGUUGGAAAUCCAGGGGGAAGUGGAGCCUCUAGUGGAGCCCAGCAACCCCAGAUCUAUGUAAAGCAGGGCGUAUCCAAGUGCAAAGAGUGCAAUAUUGUCUUCUGCAAAUAUGAGAAUUACCUGGCCCACAAGCAGCAUUAUUGCUCCGCCAGAAACCAGGAGGGUUCUGCCGAAGGGGAUGCCAAGUCAGCUGUUUCCCCAGGAGCCUUGGGAGCCGGAGGUUCCAGCGUCGGAGGAGGAUCAGAACCCGCCACAUCGGUGGAAACCACACCGGUGGCAUAUCAGCAACUUAUCUGCGCCGCCUGCGGCAUCAAGUACACCUCCCUGGACAACCUGCGGGCGCACCAGAACUACUAUUGUCCCAAGGGGGGAGCCACAGCUGGAGGAACGGCCACAGAUCCGGUGAAGGAGAAGUGUGCCAAGUGCAAGACCCUGCAUGAACUGGGCCUCCCUUGUCCAGCGCCGCUAACAAGUGUCCUCGCAGCACCCACAGCCAACUCUGGGUCCUCCUCCUCUUUGAACUCCUCCUCGCUAGCCGCCGCCUCCAAUAGCCUGAACAAGUGUCCAGUUUGCGGCGUUGUGAGUCCCACGGCGGCAUUGGCGAAGAAGCACAUGGAGAUGCAUGGCACCGUGAAGGCCUACCGCUGCAGCAUCUGCCAGUACAAGGGCAAUACGCUGAGAGGGAUGCGCACCCACAUACGCACCCAUUUCGACAAGAAGACGACCAGCGAGGUGAACGAGGAGCACUACAUGACCUGCAUAUUCCAGGAGGAGGAGGAUCAGGGUCAGGGUCAGGGUCGCGUAAUCAGCCAGGAGCUGAGUCAAUCGGCUGUCUCGCAGGACUCAGCCAUGGACCAUCCGGCGCAGUUGUUCAACUGCGAUUACUGCAACUACGCUUCCACCUACAAGGGCAAUGUGCUGCGCCACAUGAAGCUGCUGCAUCCACACGUGGCCCUCAUCAGCUCCCCCUCGAUUUCGCCGGAGGGCAGGGAUCAGGAUCCUGUGAUCUUGAGCUCCACAGCCAGCAACCAGCACUCCGAGGGCUCCAAUGGCGAGGCAGCGAGCUUUCACAUCAAGUCCGAGCCCUUGGAUCCACCCUCGUCCACGCUGAGCCUGGUGCAGGAGAACAACAACUCAUCUCCCAUACCAACCCUGACGCCGCACAUCAAGGCCGAGCCCAUGGACAUAGAUGGCCUGACGGUGGCCUCUCCCUUGGGCGCCGCUGCAGCCGCUGCUGCCGUGGCCGCCGCCGAGGUGAUGAAGAAGUACUGCUCCACCUGCGACAUAUCCUUCAACUAUGUGAAGACCUAUCUGGCUCACAAGCAGUUCUACUGCAAGAACAAGCCCCAUCGACCGGAGGCCAGCGAUAGUCCCAGUCCGAACCUCGGAAUGGGGAGCUUGGGCAGUGGCAUCGGUGUGGCCGGCGGCGGCCAGCAGAAGAACAAGGAGAACCUCCAGGAGGCGGCCAUUUGAGAGUGCCAGCUGCGCUGGGAGGAGCAACGGAAGCAGCUGGAAUGGUAUUACAAAUGCUUCUGAACCGAACCUAAAAUCGAAUCAAAUCCCAAAACAAACACUAUAACUAAGCCUGAAGCCACCUAUAGUCGACGACAGUAUUCCCGGAGAAUCUCGCUGUCGCUGCUGACUCCUACUACGACUUACCCCGAUCGUUAGAUAUAUACACCAUAAACACAUAUAAUAUAAUAGACCAUAGAUCCUAGAUAUAUACGCAUAAACCGACGAUGUGUUGGAACCCCAUGACAUAUAAUGCAUGCCAAAGCUUACCACUUAGACGGAGAAACUAAAUCGGAGAAACUACAAGUUUUGCCAAGGAGGGAGAAGAAUUGUGGAGUAGUGAAGAGUGAAGUGCGUUGAGGAAGAGUUGGAAUAUUCCUAUUGUAGAAUCCAUUAUUGUAUUGUAAAUGAGUACAUCAACUGAGUACUUAUAUUUAUUAAGUGUGUGCGACAAUAAAAGUAAUUAAUUUAUUCAACUAUAGCUCAGACCUGCAGUGUACGAGCGUUGGAAGAGAAAAACACAAAAGUAUUCUGUGGAGAAAGUGCAUUGAAGAAAA